AUGGAUGAAUUCGACGAUAUCGCACUAAGGGUACAACAAAAGCUUGACGAGACUUUCGCAGUGCUCAGGAAACAGCCUUCUUUGGUUCGACGUGAAAGAGAUUCUCCUGAAUUACCAGAGCCUAAGCGUAUAAAGCUUUCGGACAAAUCUUUUCCUUUAGAGGCCGUUCAUAGACCCUUAGAUCGGGAUAAUUUCCUGAAGCGACCAAAUUGCUUGAGUCCACUGGAAUGCGCAAAAUAUGGUUGGAUUAACACAGAUCAAGACGUACUAGAGUGCAAGUAUUGUGGGAGUAAGCUUAUGGUGCGAUUACCAAAACCCGAGACUGUAAUAGGACGUAAUCCAAGCUAUUACACCCAAAUUGAACAAAUGGAAAAUCAAUUUGUCUCUCAAUUAAGUUCUGCACAUAUUGUCGGUUGUCCUUGGCGGGAUCAACCGUGUGACGACUCUAUUUACAAGUUUCCGAUUUCGCAUCCAUCUGAAGUUCUUGAAGAUUUUAGAAAACGAGCUACAGCACUUUUGGAAUUGGGUGAUAAGCUACCUGUCGUUGACGUUGACUUUUCUGAGGAAUUAAUACAAACGAUCAUACAAGCACUUUCAUUGGACGAAUCUGUCGAUGAAAAAGUUGCCCUAGCUGCUGGAUGCCUCUCAAUAUUUGGCUAUGAGCUGCAUAGCUCAAAACUAGGAGAAAUGGUUUUGUGCAGAUUUUGCUUUAAUAGAUUACCUUUACACAUGUUCCGAAGUCUAAGAAGGCAAAGAGAGCUUGGACGCACCGAUCAUGGAUUAAAGGGCGUUGUUUUAGCUGAUGGACUUGCUGUUGUUGCCAACAAUUCGGAUGAUCGAGUUUUCAAUCUUCAACAUCAACAUCAGUGGUGGUGUGCAUGGCUUACAGGAAAUGGCAAAGAGAUUGAAGAUGUUACAGCAGAAGAACUGGAAAAGCGGAAACCUGGAUGGCAUGUAACACUGGAGUGUAUUAUAAAAUAUCCAGCUAGUGGUACGGAAGAAGAUUCGAAACAGAAAGACCAUCGCGCAGAAAAUAUCCGUAAUAUACUAUCACCCAAGCGAAAAUUAGCAAUUAAUCAGUCUACCAACGUUACCGAGCGAGCGCAGCCAAAAUCUGUAAGUAAACUUUUUGCAGGCACAAGUAGCUCCGAAACAAACGAGGAAUCACAGCAAAUGAAUCUCGUAGAGAAUGUGGCCACAAUAUCUAUGGAAGUGGAUCAGGAGAGUCAUCAAUUGCCUGAGCAGUCUGAUCAACAACAGACUGAUUUGAUGCGGAUUGACGAAAAUGUUCAAGACCAGAAUCCGGAAGCCGAUGAAAGCUUGCUGUCGUCGCAUCUGCAGGUAGCUACGAACAACGAACAGACUGUAUUUGAAGCGUCAGAUGAUCAUCAAGAACAAGAAUUUAAUGAUGAACAACGACAACCCGCAGAAUUAGAGGGCAUAAUUGAUACACAGGAAAUACUGGCCAGCAUGGGCGAUUUAGGAGCCAGUCCGGUGGUAUCAGGAGACACACCGUUGCCUUUUACUCCAAGUGCUCUCGAAAUACCAGACGUGCCAGAAGCUACAGCAUCUCCACUAUCAUCUCUGGCAACCGCAAUGGUUGACGACUCUGUCGAAGUUCGAAGCGUGCAAGGUACAACAGAAACCGCUCCACCGGAACAUACAAACGAGGAUACGACCAGCGUGCACGUUCAUGAAAAUGAAGGAAAGAACAACGUAUCAACAGCUACAAUACAAGUUUCUGAAGAUGAACAGAGAAUUUCAAUGGAAAUGCCUGAUGAGGAAGGGGUCGAUAAACCAGUAGAGAAAAUUAAUGACGCCAUUGGUGACAGUGUCGAAAAUGCAGUAGUCAUUGAUGAUUCCGAUGAAGAACCUGCUUCGCGAGUUAUUAGUGAAGAUGAAGAUUAUAAUCGGAACUCAACAAGAUUUCUUGAGGGCACCGUUUUUCCUGGAGGAGGGCAAAUACUUGAUUUUCAUCCUAAUCAGUAUCUGACCGAAGAAAUAGUAAGGAUGGAAGAAGCACUAUAUGAACAUCAGGCAGAUUUUGGCGCUGAAGAUAACGGCACACCUUUACCUUUCGGUGGUCAUCUGCAAGAUGACCGUUCUACUCCCGAUCAUUGA